CGGGAGCCCCCGCCCGCGGAUGGCUCCGACUGCACGUUCCCCAUUUCUGACGGAGCUCGGAGACUGGUCAGAAAAAUUUACUCCAGUCAGCCUGCCAGGGCCGUGGGGACCCUACGAGGCUGGCUGUACUUGAUCUAAUGUGUCCGCACCGGCCCCGCCCCUGUUCUCCAAGAUCCGAUCAGGCCCAAGUCCUUAGGUCGCACUCCUGUUCCCCGACCUUCGACACUCACGCCUUCUUUCCCAUGUCCCCAACACAGCUGCUGUUCAGAUACUUCAGUACCAGCCCCAUUAUGUACUAAGGUUCCAUGCCUGUCCCCUUGGCUGGUCAUGCUGAUCCCUCAGUCCUCUCCUCUAACUCUCCGACUCCCCGCCUCUCUCUAGAGCACCUGGGUCCCGCCCUCUUCCCAGGCAGCGGCAGAUCCUCAGGCCUCACCCCUAAACCUCUUCCCGCUCCAGGUCUAUCUACUAGCUGGCAUCCACACUCAAGCUCCACCCCUGUCCCCAAGCUCCGCCCUGGCCCCGCCUCCCCCCAGAGGAGCCAACUCACAGAGUCCUCCAGCCGACUAGAGUUCAGACCGCGGCCCCCUGGGCCCGGGGCAGGGCAGGGAACUGCCGUAGCAGAAAAUAACCGAAAAGAACGGGGGUGCGGGUGAAGGCAAGUGGGCGCGACAACUAGGGCAGACCCCGAGAUCUAGGCCCCGCCCCGGGAGCUCGAGGCCCCGCCCUCCUGCGAGCUCGCGGGAGCCCAGCACCUUACGAACCUGGGUCUCUCCUUGAAAUACUCCGAGGUCUUCUUCCUCGCCCCCAGGCUUUCUGGUUCUAAGCUCCACCCCUUUGGGUUGUUCUCCUUAGCCCCUCCCCUUUAGAAUGCUCCGCCCCUCUCCUUAUUCCCUCCCGAGGCCCCGCCCACGCAAACACCAAUGCGUCGCUCCUCCCCUUUGGACCUCUCAUCUGCCCCGCCCCUAAGGCAAUUUACCUCUAAGCUCCGCCUUUUUAAGACCGGGCAACAACGCUUCCCAAGACCCUCUCCUUCCCCCGGGGCGCCGAGAAGGCCCAUCCACCGUGGGCCCGCCCCUUCGUGACGCACGCACUAGUCCUCGCCUGCAGCAUCCAAACCUCCUUAUACCCAGGCCCUCCAACCCCACCCACUUGGGAAGGCUCCCCUCUCGCCCCACCCCUUAUCGAACCCUGCCAGGCACCCAGCCCCUCCUAUUUCGAAGCCACAGCGUAGACCACCGCCUCUUUAGAACUUUGAGACCAGUCCCUGUCCCUGCCCCUGUCCCCUCCUCAUAGCAUUAGAGACCAAUGGCGCAGAUGGGUGGAAAAGUGGGGGAUCCCCUCUGGAUCUUAAGAAAAUGGGGGCUGGGGGGUUGCUCUCUGGAGCUAGUGCCGGGCUCUAGGACCCAGCAGGCAAGUAAGCCCGCCUCGCUCUUACCCCUCCCCCAAGCCGCCCCUUCCCCCCCCACCCAUCUUCCAGGUUCCCCCUCCCUCCCCCCUCGCCCCGGCUCCCGGUGCCCGUCUCCAGCGCCGCCGGAGCCAGCCAGGGAGCCGGAACGAAAAGGAGGAGGAGGAGGCCGCGUCGCCGCCGCUCGGAGCCCGGCCGGAGCCUCGCAGGCAGGUACAUGGUGCGGGUCCGAGCUGUGGUGAUGGCCCGAGAUGACUCCAGUGGGGGCUGGCUGCCUGUGGGGGGCGGGGGCCUCAGCCAGGUGAGCGUGUGUCGGGUCCGAGGGGCCAGGCCCGAGGGGGGGGCCCGCCAGGGGCACUACGUCAUCCACGGGGAGCGCCUCCGGGACCAGAAAACGACCUUGGAGUGUACCCUGAAGCCAGGCUUGGUUUACAACAAGGUGAAUCCCAUCUUUCACCACUGGAGCCUGGGUGACUGCAAGUUUGGACUGACGUUUCAGAGCCCUGCAGAGGCUGAUGAGUUCCAGAAGAGCCUGCUGGCUGCGCUGGCCGCGCUGGGUCGAGGCUCACUCACCCCCUCCUCCUCCUCCUCCUCCUCCUCUCCUUCCCAGGAUACUGCAGAGACCCCCUGCCCUCUGACGUCCCACGUGGACAGCGACUCCUCCUCCAGUCACAGCCGCCAGGAGACGCCUCCCAGCGCCGCUGCGGCCCCCAUCAUCACGAUGGAGUCAGCUUCAGGCUUCGGGCCGACCACGCCCCCCCAGCGCCGCCGCUCCUCCGCUCAGAGCUACCCUCCGCUUCUACCGUUCACGGGGAUUCCGGAGCCCUCAGAGCCCCUGGCAGGGGCAGGGGGCCUGGGGUGGGGCGGCCGCGGCUACGAGGAUUACCGGCGCUCCGGGCCACCCGCGCCCCUCGCCCUGUCCACCUGCGUCGUGCGCUUCGCCAAGACUGGCGCGUUGAGGGGCGCUGCCCUGGGGCCCCCAGCGGCACUACCUGCCCCUUUGACCGAGGCUGCGCCCCCAGCGCCCCCCGCUCGCCCACCCCCCGGCCCGGGCCCAGCCUCUGCGCCUGCCAAGGCCUCCCCGGAGGCGGAGGAGGCAGCGCGCUGCGUGCACUGCCGCGCGCUCUUCCGUCGCAGAGCAGACGGGCGUGGCGGCCGCUGCGCAGAGGCUCCGGACCCGGGUCGCCUCCUGGUGCGCCGUCUGAGCUGCCUGUGGUGCGCCGAGAGCUUGCUCUACCACUGCCUGUCGGACGCCGAGGGCGACUUCUCGGACCCGUGCGCCUGCGAGCCGGGCCACCCGCGCCCCGCCGCGCGCUGGGCCGCGCUGGCCGCGCUCUCCCUGGCAGUGCCCUGCCUCUGCUGCUACGCGCCCCUGCGCGCGUGCCACUGGGUCGCAGCGCGAUGCGGCUGCGCCGGCUGCGGGGGUCGCCACGAGGAGGCUGCGCGGUGAGGAUGGCCUGGUGGGUCCCAUAGCCGGCCCGAGGACCCAAAAUUGAGGGUCCAGGACCCCGGACUCCGUUCGGACCUAAAACCCAAACCUAGGCACAUCCGGAACUUGGAGCUUGAGUUUGGAUUGAGAGAUCUCAGACCUGGAACCUGGAACCCAAACCUAGGACUGAGAGACCCCAGCCCCAGCUUCACUGGGAUGUCUGUCUAAGAGGUCCCAGGCGUCCUGAGUUCUGGCGUUCCCCCACCCCCACACCCCACGAGGAGGCUCCAGGCGUCCCCAUACUUUGCAUCUCAGAAGAGCCAGGGAGCGCAUAGAUCCCGGAAAGGGCAGGUCCCUGUUGAAAUGAACAACCUAGACCCCGGUCACGCCUGGCACCAUGUCCCUCAGAGUACAGCCCCACAAUUAGUCAGGACUUGCCCAUACCUGGCUCUGCCUUUAUUCAACUCCCAGAUCAGAUCUUGAGACCAUAGGACCUAGAGUCACCCACAAACAGUUCCUGAAUGUUCACCUAAGACCUGGUGCCCCCACAUCUGAGACAUUCUCAUAGUCCCAGGACCGCUGAGACAGCAGGACCCCCGAGACAGUUUCGAACAGAGUUUGAAACCGUUAUGCUCUGGUAUCUCCAGAUGCUGCCUCCCAAAUCUACCCAGGACUGAGUGCCCACAGACCUGGCCUCCAGUCCGGGAACACUGAAGUCUAAGAUGUCCAGGAAACUCCUAGACACCCUGGGACCCCAGACUCUUAAGAUGCUCUGAGUGCUCGGAUAUACUCAAACACGAGAUGUUCUCUUACCAAAAUGACUUGGGAGACCCAUCCCAGAGCCCCCAAGAUCCAGAUAUCAGACACCAAGAUCCUCCAUAGGUCCACCCACCCCCAAGCCAGGGUUCUCAGGAGCUUUGGAUAUCAUUUGUAGGACUCAGAGGUGCCUGGGGUCCUCAGAUGUGUGACUGAAGGCCACCAACACCUCAGGACCCGAGAUACUGGUCUCAAGAUCUCAAAUAGCCCUCUCUUGCAGUCCCUCCUGGACCUGGAUUUUGAGACCCCAAAUGUCCUGGAAUCUUCAGCUUCUUUCUACCCACAGAUUCCCAACCCCUUAAAGGCUGGGAGUCCAGCUCCCAGAAGAGGGGAUGCUCAUGGUGACCCAGACCUCUGACCCCCUUGGCCCUCAGCCCUUGAGUGACCCCAAGGUAUUUUAGGAGCACUGGAUCCAAUACCCCAAAGGUGCCACUGACCCCUGAAUGCAAGGCUCAAGACCCUACAACAUUGGGAUUAUUCCUGAUCCAAGACCUUCGUCCCUCCAUGCCAGACGCAUUCAGAUUCCAGGUGCCCCAAGACCCCAGCACUCUCAGACCCCAGAUUUCUUUGGAUUCAAACCUCUCUAGCCUGAUGAACCCCAAGUUGCCUCUACACCUGAUUCCCCCAACCCCACUUGUCCAACCUCGGAGACCUACUGCCCCUUGAAUCCUGCCAUCCAAGCCCCCAAAACCCCAAGGUUCCAGACUCUGGAAUUCUGGUCCCAAGGAUCCCAGCCCAAGCCCCCAGCAAUCCUCAGAAUUACCCCUUUAUCUUAGGGUGGGAUCCCUACCAUUUGGAACUCACUGUAGUACCACCCAGGGUGGGGCGCAGUGGCUCAUGCCUUGUAAUCCCAGCACUUUGGGAGGCCAAGGAAGGAGGAUUGCUUAAGGCCAGGAGUUUGAGACCAGCCUGGGCAAUAUAGUGAGACCCUGUCUCUAAAAAAAAAAAAAAGGACCAAAUAGGAGCUCCCUCACUGUCACGUCUAGGACCCAGCAUUGUCACAGAUGAUUAUGCAGGGUCUUCAUUAAGUGAAGGCACACAGCCCAGCGUUUCCAGGAGCUGGAAGUCACACCAGUCUGCUGGUCACUCUGUGCUCUCAGAAGAAGUGUGUGCAAUGGAACCUUUCAGACUAGUUAUGGCUCUGCUGUCCCACAGCCCCCAGCCUUGUAGACCUUCCUUCAAGCCCAACCUUAAUUCCUAGUCCAGGUUCAAGUCCCACCUUUUAUGUUCUCCCCCUCCAUUAACCCUUUCUCUUCCUAUUUAUUUAUUUUGAGACAGAGUCUCGCUGUAUCACCUAGGCUGGAGUGCAGUGGCACAAUCUCGGCUCACCACAGCCUCCCCCUCCUGGGUUCAAGCCAUUCGUCUGCCUCAGCCUCCCGAGUAGCUGGGAUAGCAGGCAUGUGCCACCACACCCGGCUAAUUUUUUGUAUUUUGAGUAGAGACAGAGUUUCACCAUGUUGGCCAGGAUGAUCUCAAACUCCUGACCUCGUAAUCCACCUGCCUCAGCCUCCCAAAGUGCUGGGAUUGCAGGCAUGAGCCACUGCACCUGGCUCUCUUCCACUUUAGAGUUAGAAGUUGCUUCAGGAAGUUUGAAAGCCUGUUUCGUGGCCCACUGAGUCUCUUCUUCUGUGCAAGGGGGGGUGCCACAGGCUUUUUUUCCCCCAAGUGAAAUGGGGCUUCCAGCAGAUUGAAGAUCUGCUGUGCUGUAUGGGGGCCUCAAGGUCUUGGAGCAAGACAGUCUCAGUGUUGUAUGGGCUUGGGACCUUCAUCUGGCCCCAAGCAUCUGGAGCUGUGCACUUAACCUUUCUUCAUUACCCAGACUUGGAUGGCCUUGUUGGGGUUCAAGGGAUAGGUCCUCUGUCUCUUCCUUUAAAUUAUUAACUAUUUAUUACAUCCGGAACCUGUGAGAUUCAGCACUCCCAACCAGACACUGGGAUGGGUGAGAGAAAAGCAGGGGUGUCUCUCCCCUCCCCACUCUGCCCAGCUCUCAUCACUGUCAGACCCACCAGAGCUGAGGGUGGAGGGAUUGGGGGCUGGGGCAGCCGGGUCCCCAUGCCCCUCUCUGUGCCUCGGUCUCCCCCCUUCCAUGGUGGGCGGGGGGGAAGCUCCAUUCUUAACCUACCUCGUUUUGGGGAGGGGUGGGACGGGGGACCAGAGUGCUGUACGGUGCUGUGGGAUCUGCAGAUGAGGCGGUGGGGGCUGGGGAGAGGUCCCCUGGCCACCACUUCCCAGCAGCGCCUCUCCCAGGUCCCCCAGUCCUGCUCCCUGCUGAGACCCACCUCUGAUCCAUGAUUCGCCUUCAUUGCCCCCAAAUCAGGGGUGCAUGGAGGGCCUCCCUGGGAGCCGGGCAGACCUCAGACCCUGGAGCCCCCAGGCCCAAUUUCCCAGCCGCUUGCCCCUCAGAUCGGAUGCUUGGCCCCCAGAUUUGGGGGAGGCACCCCAACAUAUAUCUUCCUGAUCUUGAUUCUAAGCCAGUCUGUGACCUCAAUAUUGUUAGUGUCAGUGCAGGCUGAAGUGGUGGGGGAGGAUGGGGGCCAAAGACCCAGCCUUGUCAUCGGGGGAGGGGGCACGAGAUCUGCUCCAAGAAAUGUCUGUGACAAAGUCUCAGCCUGUGUUAUUUAUUUGCCUCUGUGCACCCCACCCACUCACCUUCCUGAACUGCUAAA